AAUAACGAAAUUCACUAUCUGAGGAGUAUUACUAGCCCGAAACGCGUACUCCUUUUUUACUCUCUUUAUUUACUCAUUGACUUCCCAAUAAACCACCCAUAGGCAACAGCCAACAGGCGACAAGGCACAAGAUCUUCUCUUCCAAUUUGGUGUAAUUGUCCCUGAUGUCCACCAUGUUUAGAAAUGUUUCAAACUGCAACACUUACAACUAUAGUGAUGCUUCUUACUGGGAUGCUCGUUACAUUCAAGAAUCUGGUUCUUUUGAUUGGUAUCAGCGUUACUUUGCUCUUCGUCCUUUUCUUCGCAACUUUAUUCCCACUUCUUCUCCCGUUCUUAUGGUUGGCUGUGGAAAUGCUGCCAUUUCAGAGGACAUGGCGAAGGAUGGAUAUGAAGAGAUCAUGAACAUUGACAUAUCUUCAGUUGCAAUCGAAAUGAUGAAAAGGAAGCAUGCACACAUACCUCAAUUGAAAUACGUGCAGUUGGAUGUUAGAGACAUGAGUAUUUUCCCUGAUGAUUCAUUUGGCAGUGUGAUUGAUAAAGGAACUCUCGAUGCUUUGAUGUGUGGUAAUGAUGCUCAAAUAAGUGCUUCUCGGAUGUUGGGUGAAGUUAGCAGGCUACUUAAACCUGGAGGAGUAUAUCUGUUGAUUACGUAUGGAGAUCCAAAGGUAAGGAUGCCUUAUUUGAGCCGACAAGUAUACAAUUGGAAAAUUGAACUAUACAUAAUCCCAAGACCUGGGUUUGAAGGGACAGCUGUUAGAUCCACUAAAACAUGCUUGGAACCCAUCCCUCUUACUGAGGAUGGGCUGCUUCCACCAGAUUUAGUCUUGGAAGAUCCAGAUUGUCACUUCAUAUACAUCUGCAAGAAGAACGAUGAGGGGCCAACUAGCGUAGCGUCACAUCCUAUGACUGGUGAUACGAUAUAAUCCGAUACAGACCAAAUUCCUCUCUUUGCAAACUAAGUCUAUAGGUUUUGUUGUUGUAUCAAGCUUUGUAAAUGUAAUAUUAGGUGUGCAUAAUUGUUGUUCAGAAGGAGUCGACGAUUAGUGGAAUACGUGAACUCUUCUUUGAGAGCCGCCUUAUUAAUAGCUGAAUGAGGGUUUAUAGAUUUUUCGUACUUUAAAUCAAUGGUGCUGCUCUACCUCAUUGCUUCCUUUACUUCCUUAGUUAUGUGGUACUGCCGUAAUGGUAGUAUAUAUACAAUGUGUUUUCUGUGUUUUGUACUUUAACUACUUGGCUAGUUUUCUUUUUCUUUUCUUUUUUUUAAAUUGCGAGAUUUGCGAUAUUGCAAUGAGAGUCAUCUUCCAUCUUUUUGUUGGAAACGAAUUUGAAGUGUAUCAUUAUUGAUAGGAAUAAUAGCAGCUAGCAAUUCUAUUUGCUUGAGCAGAAUUUUCACACGACUAUUUUGAUCAGUCUAGCCAUCUUUCCACGUUAGA